AUGGAUGAGGAGAAAGAAGAGGAACAAAACAUCUUACUCUCACCAUUUGAGAAAGUUAUUUAUGACAUGAAGAAUAGCAAGAAAGUUAAAAAUGACCUGAUACUUGGAAAAAGGAUUGGAUUUUACCAACUCCGUGGAGAAAUUGGCACUGGGAACUUUUCAAAAGUGAAGCUUGGAAUACACUGCUUGACAAAAGAAAAGGUGGCAAUUAAAAUCAUGAAUAAAAAGCAAAUAACCCAGAAGUCACGACAACUGUUCAUAAACGAAAUUCUGAGUAUGGAGCAACUUCAUCAUCCAAAUAUCAUCAGGCUGUAUGAGAUGCUGGAAACACAAUCUAGACUGUACCUGGUCUUGGAGUAUGCAGAUGGAGGGGAUCUUUUUACCAAGGUCUCCACAAGGGGACGUCUCUUGGAAUAUGAGAGUAAAUUUAUAUUUAUUCAGAUUGUAUCAGCUGUUAAACAUAUGCAUGAAAACAAUGUGAUCCAUCGGGAUCUCAAGGCAGAAAAUGUGUUCUACUCAGCUACUAACUGUGUGAAGUUGGGUGACUUUGGCUUCAGUGCAGUGUGUCCUUUGUCAGAACCCUUAAACACCUGUUGUGGCUCUCCGCCAUAUGCAGCACCUGAGCUCUUUAAAGAAAAUAGCUACUUUGGAAUUCAUGUGGACAUCUGGGCCCUGGGCAUCCUAUUGUACUUCAUGGUGACGGCAACCUUGCCUUUCCGUGCGGAAACUAUCAGGAAGCUGAAAAAGUACAUUUUACUAGGAUCAUACACAAUUCCAUCAUAUGUAUCAGAUCCCUGCCGGAAACUAAUUCAUGGAAUUCUUCAAAUCAUUCCAACAAACCGCUACACCCUGGACAACAUCCUGGACAGUCCAUGGCUGAAGGGAAUGGAAUGUCCUGAGCCAUACCAACCAUUCCACUUGAAUCCAGCACAUCUAGUCAGUUCUCUCCCUCUAAACGAAGAGGAAAAGGAGGUGAAGAAGGCAUUGAGAGGCCUGGGAAUCACAGAGGAGCACAUCUGUAAUAAUCCUAAUUGGGACUGUCACAGUCCCGUCACUGGGACUUAUCGCAUCCUUCUCCACCGGAGCCAUAAGAGGCACUAUUCAGACAGUCCUGUCAUGAUGAACAAUUGUCCUGCAAAACCCAGGCUGAAUGAAAACCGAAAGAAGCGUCUCAAAGCAUGUGUGCAGACUUCACGGAUGUGUCUAAUUCUGUAA